CGACGGUGUGUGUUGUUGUCGAUGCAAUGAUGGCGGCAGCGGGAUGCGGAUCAGCAACCGCGGCUGCCGUAGGAGGCCAAGGAGGAACCGCUACGGCCAGAGGUCGUUUCCCCGGUCGGCCCUGGUCGUCACGCAGUCGUUUGCGUUCCGAGAAGCGUUGGCAACUCGGACGAUCAGGCUUAGAAGCUGAUGAUGUGACUAACGGAGGGCCAAGGCCCACAAACCUGGUUCUGUCGUUAAACGAAGACCAGUCUCACUUACGCUUGCUCGGGAUAGAGGCGAGCCAUAAGGUCCUUGGCCAAGCUGGAUACAGCUCUAGUGGGAGUGAAGAGGUGAGGUGCCAAACCGAGCCAGGAGGGGAUGACUUCAGAGGAUUUGAAGCUGAGAGAAAAGGUCCCAAAGGGCCUGGAUGGUCUCGACAAAACCCUUCUAAAGGUGAUGCUGGCAACACAAAAUCUAAACGACAAAGUGAGAAGUUACUGCCUAGAAUGCCAGCAGUGGAGGCAGCGAUUACCCCACCUGAUCCUGUAAAAGAUGUAAAAUCAAUGGAGGAAGUUCACAUCUUAUCUCCCGACGCAGAGCCUGCAAAGGGUUGCAGGAAGGGAUCAAAAGGAAAAAACAAUAUGGAUCGACGACCCACUAAAAACAGAGCCUCAUCAGCAGCACCAAGGAUUACUAUAAAGUUGGUGGCCAAAAAGAAAAUGAGGACUGUAAAGGAACCGAGUAAAAAAUCUGCGAAUAAGUUGUUGAUCGAGGAAGUUCAUGAUUAUUCUAAAACCAAGGACAUCCAGGGCAACCAGAUUUCAAGUGCCCACGUCAAAUUAAAAACAGAAUCACAUGAGGUUAAACAUGGCAGAGAAGACAAGGGAGAGGAGACAGCACCUGUACGGCGGCGUGGGAGAUCUGCUUCAAAGACAACAGAGCCUGUCAGCCAGACAAGCGCCAAAGUUGUGAUUGAUGACCAAAACUCACAAGAGAGUAAACCAGCUGACGGGACCGACACUGCCAUGGAGAGUGGGACUGAGCCAAAAACUAAUUCAAAGAAAUUGAAGUGUAGGGAGCAUGUGAUGGAGCAAACAUCUGAAGUUAAUCAACAAGUGAUUCGUAGGAGCCGUAGAGUCAGUAACCCACUCUCUAAAAGUGACUCUGAUGGUGCAGCAGGACCAGAGAAUCAGAGCAAAAGUGCUGCUGUUCAGGUGUCAAAAUCAGAAGCCUCUGGUACAGUAGAGUCGAAAUCAUUGUUGAGAGGCAACAGACGAAGACAAAGCAAGAGGCUCAAUAAGGACAUUACAGUGCCAGAAAACCAUGGUCCAUCAUCCACAGAGAGAAAUUUAACGGCACAGCUCACUGACAGUUUGCCUCUGAUAAAUAAGGACACGCAAGUCCCAAGCUUAAAGCUAAUACGGACCAGAAACCCAAAAUAUGAUGCGCAGACCAGUGGGAAGAAUAAAGCUCGAAAGAAAAAGCGCAGAAAAUUUAUAUGGACUUUAACAUUGGUAAAGGGAGGGAGUCAGACACAGGUUGCUGAAAACUGUGACAAAGUUGCAGAGGAGACUGUGACUGAAGUGCACCAGUCCACUUUAUGUGAUGCUAGUGUCACCAGGACUCUGAGUGAUGUGGAUGAAGCUUCAAAAUUGGAAAGCUUAGCCACACAAGAGAGUAAAAGCAUGGACAGUCAGUGUUCCCAUGAAAAACCUGACAUAACAUUUGAGGAAAAGUCCACUAUACAAGCAGAAGUAGAAGAGGAACACAAAACUGAAGAUCCAUCUGCAGAAUUAAAUAAAAUGGAUAGCGAGAAAGUUGUCCCACCUCUUCAGAUCAAAAAGGUGUCCUCUCCUGGUAAACAUAAAAGCUCAAAGCCAUCCUUUUUAAUUCAGCAAGUUAGUCCUUUAUCUGAAAAGACAGAGGACAUUUUCAAAGAUUUUAGUGAGACCAAUGAGGAUAAAUCACCAUGUCAAGAGGCUGUGGCCACACCAAGUAGGAGACUAAGGAGGAGGACAUCAAGCAUUGACUCACCACAAACUAAGUCUGUCAGUCAAAAGCCAGUGACCACUCAGAAACGGAGAAUUAGAACAUGUCCACAAGAUAAAGAUAAGCAUCAGGUGCACCUUGAAGAUUCUUCUCAGGUUUCAACUGAUGAUUGCAAUUCCCAUGUUCUUCCUGAAAACUGUGGUGAGAGAUUGUCUGAGGAGCCCACACAGGUGACAAUUAUAGAUGCCACUGAAAUUCCUGGUAAGGAUUCCCCAAAGAGCACUGAUCAUCCAUCCCAGCUACCAGUGGAAAGCUCCCCACAGAGGUUGGAAGUGGAAAAUGUAGUAGUAGAAACACAGAUCAAAGAGGCCAAACCAUUGCCUAUGCCUUCCAAGCCUAGAAAAUGUAGAAAUAAUAAAUUAGGAAAAAAGAGGUCUGCUCAAAGGAAGAAGGCAGUUGUUUCCCCUGAAAUCAACAUCAACACUGAGUUGGCUACAGUUGAAGAUACUAAUACAGAGUCUCUACUAAAAGAAGAUAUUCAACCUUUAGAAGAAGAGGUAAAGCAGCCAGAAACAAUAGAAUGCACCCAGUCAGAGAAAAUACAAAACAUUGUGUCAGCAGAAGAAGAGCAGAUACAGCCACUGGUAAAAGAGGAAACAAACUUGCAGCUAAUAGAUGGUGAACCACCUUUGUUGUCAGAAAGUCAAGCAAGUCACCCAACAACAUCAUGCUUACAAAAAAAAUCACUCAAAAAACUAAAAAAGAGACGUAAAAAUUUGAUUGGGCAGCGUCAGAAACACAGGUACAGGAAUAGAGAUGGAAAGUUUGCACCACUCACAAUAUCUGAAUGUGAGAACAUUUUUGAGGGGGAUAGUGACAUGUCCACCCCACUGGAAGAUAUCACAUCACCCCUGAGCUCCAAGCUCAUUGGAGUACAUAAAAAAUACAAAAAGACACAGUUUUUGGAGUCCAAAGGGCCAGAACCACAGUCUAAAAUAAUUUCUAAGCUGAUAGACAUAGGUCUUGAAAAAGAUAGUUUUAAGCAGGAAGAAACAGACACAUUAGUUGAUAUGGGGCAGGCAGAUGUUGUAGAAACCCCGCCUGGUAAAACAAAGUUUAUAAAAAACAUCAAGCACUUCAUUAUGCCUGUUGUGAGUGCCAGAUCAUCGAGAGUGAUAAAGACUCCGCAAAGGUUCAUGGAUGAUGCUGGAAUGUCUGUAUUGCCUCGAAGAAACUCUCCAAAGAAGGGUGCACAAGUGGGUUUGCAAAUACGUCCAGGAAAGAGGCGAGAUGAUGGGACAUGCAGAGCUAUAUCCCCCAUCCUGCCAAUGGGUGAUGAGGACAUAUUAAGUGAAGCUCAGCUGGAUGUUGAUCUGUUUUCAGCUCAGGACCUAGAUGACGACAUUGAUGUAACUGAAAGCCCUUUUUCUGAGAGGAAAAGUGGUAAAGGUGAAAAGAGGGGGUCUGUUCUAAAGAACUCUAGUUUCAAGUGGCAUGUCCCAGAAGAGUCUAGCAAGGAAGCGUGUACAUUGGACAAAACUCUAGAAGAGGAAUGCGAGGAUCUGUUUUUAUCUGCACCAGCAGACAAGCCCACAGAACAAACUACUGACCUGGAUCCACUGAAAAAGAAAAGUCCCCCCAAGUUGAAUAAACAAACAGCUCACCUCAAGAUAUUUCAAAGGCUCAAAAAAGUGCACACUUUAUAUCCAAAAAGCAAAAAUACAACUGAGGUAGUGGAUAUGGAUAGUAAACCUCCUCAGCUCCCCGUUGAUUUAGCUGAAGGACUCGACGAUGAGGCCAUGAGCAUCAGCCUUAGACAACGGAAUACAAACUCUGAAAAGCAGAAGUCCAAGCUCAAGAUUGAAGACCUCAAUUCUCCUGGAGUUGUCAGAAAAGUGUGUGUAAGGACUAUGAACUUCAAGGCCCUUGCAUAUCAGCACAGUAAAGUGGAGGAUUUAUCGGGGAAAGAUGGUGCCCAACUUCACCCAGGUGUGCUGCAGUCAGAACAGAUCUCAGGUUCUAUGGAGAAGGGGACUUCACAGAGAGCUCGUCUUACUGGAGCAAAUAAGAGAAUGUUCAAUCUCCUCAGGAAGGCAAAGGUCCAGCUCAUAAAAAUUGACCAACAGAAACAACUAAAGUCAUCUGGGCUGUUAUCUGGCCCAAGUGGUGUCAGGGCUCGUGACGUUACUUCUAAGAGGCAGAAGAGGAAGCAGAGGGUGCAACCUGAAGCUGAUGUUGUCGUCAAGACAGAGCCACCCCCGGGACAACCCCAGGUCAUCUCCCCAUUAUGCCAGGAGUUUCGAAAAGCAGGAGGUCCCCGAAUCAAGCACGUGUGUCGUGCAGCAUCUGUAGUGCUGGGACAGCCUCGAGCAAUGGUACCAGAUGACAUACCCAGAUUGAGCGCAUUGCCUCUGCAUGAAAGAAGUGGCAUUUCCCCAUCUGCUGUCACUAAAGAUGUUGGGUCUCCAUCAGAAUCAGACAGUCCUGGAUUGUCAGAUCCAAAGGUCACCAAAGCCAAGAAACCAUCUAAUUUUGUGAAAAAGAAAGGACUUGGGCCAUUUGGGUACCGCUCUCGGAGGUGUGGAGUAUGCAAAGGCUGUAACCACGAGGACGACUGUGGCAAAUGCAUAAACUGCCUUGACAAACCUAAGUUUGGGGGUCCCAAUACGAAGCGGCAGUGUUGUGUCUAUAAGAGAUGUGAUCAAAUUGAAGAGAGGAAAGCCAGAAGACUAAGUGGAAGAACAGUACCCAAAGGCUCCUCCAAGCGACGGCGGUCAUCUUUUAGCGGAGGUCAUUCAAGUAAUGAAGAAGGAAACGAGUGCACCGCAGACUCACCUUCUGGUCUUCAGGCUGACGGCAGCAGUCCAUCAGUAAGGAAACAGCCAAAGCGUGUUGUGAAACCCCGUGUCUACUUUGACCUUGUGGACUACGACUCGGAUGUAGAUGACAAAGCUCUGUCAAGUUCUGCGUCACCAGCCAGGAGAAGAGGUACUGGACAUCGUUUCAGUCAAGACUUUGUGUCACUGGAUGGAUUCCUUGGGGACAUUUCAGAUGAUGAGGUCAGGCAUCGAAAGUCCAGUUCACACCGUGUACAACCUGUGCGACGAAAGCCUGAGAAGGUUCAGACGUCUCAGGGUCCGUUGGAAGAGACUCCUCCCAGUGUGCUGGCAGCUUUGGCCCAUGGCUUUGAACAAAGAGAGGUUGAAUCUUCCAAACCUUCCUUCAAAAUCAGGGUUGAUUUCAAGGAGGACUGUGCUUUGGAGAAUGUCUGGAAUAUGGGUGGUUUAAGUAUACUGACUUCUGCGCCACCUGUUCCACCUUACGUUUGCUUCCUUUGUGCCAGUAAAGGGCAACAUGAGAUGCUGUUUUGCCAAGUAUGUUGUGAGCCCUUCCACCAGUUUUGCCUUGACGCCGCAGAGCGCCCCUCAGAGGAGAACAAAGAAAACUGGUGCUGUCGCCGCUGCAAAUUCUGUCACGUGUGUGGCAGGAGAAACAAGCACUCAAAGCCUUUAUUGGAGUGUGAACGUUGCCAGAACUGUUAUCAUGCUUCCUGUCUUGGACCCAACUAUCCGAAACAAAACAAGAAGAGGAAAGCUUGGGUUUGUAUGACAUGCAUUAGGUGUAAAAGUUGUGGCGUCACACCAGGAAGGAGUUGGGACACUGACUGGAACCACGACAAAGGCAUCUGUCCAGACUGUUCAAAACUCUAUGACCAGGGUAACUACUGUCCGAUCUGCUUCAAGUGCUAUGAGGACAAUGACUACGACAGUCAGAUGAUGCAGUGUGGUACCUGUAACCACUGGGUACAUGCCAAGUGUGAGGAUCUAACAGAUGAGCUUUAUGAGAUCCUGUCCAGCCUUCCAGAGAGUGUGGUGUAUUCCUGUAGGCCGUGCAGUGUCACUCAGCCCAGUGCCUGGAGAGAACUGCUCUACAUUGAGCUCAGGGCCGGGGUGGAGAAGGUGCUAGCUUGCUUGCUUUCCUCCACCCUCACCCAGCACCUUGUUACAUGCUCACAGUGUGAAAAGUCGGUUGAUCCAGACAGUGGACUAGAAGGACAUCCAGCCUGUGACCUCCGAGCUGUUGGCAAGAAAUUUGAUAAGGGCCUUUACACUUGUCUGAAAACGUUCCAUGAAGAUGUUGUUCAGGUAGUACGAAAGAGGCUUGAGCAAGAAGAGGACCUUCCAGAAGAGCAGAGACCCACUGCUCUGGCACGCUCUUACUACCUAAAGCUCCUCGAGGAAGUUUUUAAUUGGUUCAACAGCCAAGACCCAAAAGUGUGGAACCCUUGUACCAAAGACUUGCCUAUCGGGAUGCUGUCCCAGGCUAUCCAUCCUCCGACAACAGAGCAUGUUUAUGCUCAGUGGCAGGAGAGGGAGGAGCUUUUGUCAAGGGCUCCACUCAGCAUCCUGCAGGAGGACAAUGAAGAAAGCCUGGAUGUAAAGGAAGAAGAAGCUGUUUCUCCAAUGUCUGGGGAGCCAAUAAGCCGGAACCACUUCAAAACCAGCAGGGCCGUCAGACUCAAAUUCAAAGGGAAAAGGGGUCGACUCUCAAAAGCUGAUCUAGAUACAGGAUGGUCUAAAGAUGACGAGAGACAGUGCUCUUUGUGCCAAAAGUAUGGAGACCUCAAAUCCAGUGAAGCGGGCAGGUUGCUGUUCUUGGGCCAGAAUGAGUGGGCACAUGUUAAUUGCUGUCUCUGGUCAGCUGAGGUGUUUGAAGAGGACAAUGGCUCUCUGUUACAUGUACACAGUGCUGUCACAAGAGGGCGCUUGAUGCGAUGUGAACACUGCAACCAGACGGGUGCCACAGUUGGCUGCUGCCUGACAUCUUGUCAAAGCAACUAUCACUUCAUGUGUGCCCGGUCCCGUCACUGUGUUUUCCAGGAUGAUAAAAAGGUCUAUUGCCACAAACACAGACAUCUCAUCACUGGAAAGAUGGUAACUGGUCAAGAAUUUGAGGUGAACCGCAGGGUGUAUGUGGAUUUUGAAGGAAUCAGCCUCCGCAGAAAGUUCCUGACAGGACUGGAACCAGAAGUUAUCAACGUCAUGAUUGGUUCCUUACAAAUAGACAAACUAGGUGUGCUGACAGAACUUUCAGCUAACAAAGGAAAACUAUGUCCUGUCGGGUUUAAGUGUUCGCGCUGGUACUGGAGUACAGUUAAUCCAUUGCGCCGGUGCAAGUAUACAUGCACAAUCCGAGAGGUCCGACCCAUUGUACCUGAGAAGCCUGUUGAGGAGAUGCCGAACCAAGGAGACAAUCGCACCAUUGCUCACAGCCCGUGUCCACUGCCUGAAUCUGAAGUCCAAAAGGCUAAUCCGAAGAAAUCGCAACCAUCAGUAGAUGACAGCUUUGUCCAGGGACCACUGACCAAGUCAGAGCACAGUGCAAGGCCAAAGAUUCCCCAAACCAGGAGACCAGCUGGUGGACUGUCCCGACCUCUGCCAUCUCCAGGACUAGCCCAGUCGAAACCCCACCACAUAUUAACCAUAAGUGAUCUGGGGGAGACUCGAAGGGCUCGUCACCACAGCCCACAUUCACACACAACAGGCCCCCGCAGUCACAUGUCUCCCCCUCCUCUGGGCCCUCUGGCUGGACCAGUCACCCUUCGUACCGGAAAAUCUUCUCUUCCCACUUCCCCGCUGUUUCCACUUGCUACUGACAACUUGAUAAGUUCUCCUUCCUCCCGCCCAGUUGGAGGUCGAAGUGCUUCCUCUGUCCGAUGCCCUGGAAAUUCGAUGACCCACUGUACCUCAACUUUCUUUCCUCAGUCUCCCUGGCAGGAUAGCACGGGAAACUUUCCUUCUCCAAGUCUAUCUUUCUCCUCAUCAAUACAUUUACCCAGAACUCGAUUAUCAUUCGAUCUCAGCCAGUCAGACUCAGUUGAGGUGCCACACAACUUCUUAGCUUCACCAGAGCCUGAAGAUGUGUCACCAGCAAAUGGUACUUCACCACAAGGAGACUUGGAUCAACACAAGGAUCAAGAGGAAUUUUCCUACAGUUCAUUUCACAAGGAUCCUAACAUGAACAUGGGCCAAGAGAUGAGGACAGAACUGGAGAUUGAAGAAACACUCCUCAAUGAAGGUGUAGCAAUGAACUGUGGGGGGCAGAUAGUAGUGGAAGGUGAUGAUCAGGAGGAAUUCUGGGAAGGAGCCCAAAAUGUACACAAGAAGAAGAAAAAGACCCUUGUUGCCAGCCUGCCACGGUCUGCGGCCUCAGCAAGGGACGACUUAGAAAACACCUCCUCCUCUGAAGAUGAUAUGGAGCACUAUUUUGACUUCUCUCGGACAAUAGUCAGUCGCCCUGGAUCAAAAGAUCUUACCAAGUCUCCCCCCUCCCCUUCCUCUCGACCUAUGGCUCAGCUUGAUGGUGUAGACGACGGCACAGAGAGUGAUGCAAGCGUAGUGACAGGCAACGAUGCUCAGAAAGUUGAUGGCCUAACAAAAGCUCAGAUUCAAAGCAGAAAGCUUAAUAAAAGUGACACUGGAUUGGAAACUCCAAACUGCACAGCAGCUGUCCAGGGCCUGGUCCCUGAAGCACCAUCCAUUGAGCACACAGAUUCUUCAUCAAUUGCCAGCAAAGAUCCGGCUGAUGGCUCAAAUCAAGAUCCUCCUGUAUCAUAUGAUGCUAGUCAGUCAAGUUCUCCACAAAUCUCUGCAUGCACUCCAUUAAAAGAGCCAAGCUCUGACACUCCCUGCAUAAAUCCGCAGACCAUGCUUCCUACUACAGCUCAUGAUGCUGAUUUACUCAAAAAGGUGCCUGAAAUCGCAUAUUCAAAAGGGUUAUUCCAGGGGUCCAGUUUAGGGUUGGUUCCAUUGCUAGAUGGCAAGCCACUUGAGACACAACAGCCUGAACCUUGUAAGCCCCCAAACUCGGAGCCUGACAGCAGCCGAUUUUUUUCAUCAGCAAAUGGGUCAAAUGUGCUAAUGAACCAUUUAACAACGAAUACAGCGGAUCCGUCACUAGCAGAUAGUAGUCAAGGUGUCUUUCUGGAUCUUCUCCAGCCCCCUUUAAUGUCUACAGAUGCACAAACCCCCCCUCAAGGCCUUGGGGACUCCUUGCAGAUGUAUUCCUGCUUACCUGGUUUCAGUCCAUCUCCUCUAACAAGUAUAACACUUCAGCCACUAACAUGUUCACAAGAGUCGACAACCAUUUCAUCUCUGUCCAAUAAACUCACCACUCUGACCCCUGUUGUAGACGUGACACAAACACUGCUAAACAUUGCCCCUCAAAAUGAUCCAAUGUUGUCAGCCACCCCAGCAGGAACAUGUGGUACUGUCUCUGUACCCAUCUACUCCACACAAACACAAGCACUGGGUUCUGCAACUGUCACUAUUGUCUCAUCGACCACAUCAGUACCAUCUCUGUCUGGGCUGCUAACACAGUGUUCCACUGCUCCAGCAGCAGUCCAAACCACCUCCACCCCUGUGCUCUUAAAUGGUUACAGCUCCACAUCUAUGCAGAAGGAUGCUGCAUCUGGUCACACAAUCUCCAUCAACUUCUCUACUUCCAGACCGGCUGUAGAACCUCAGCAGUUGGUGGCACCCCAGGCUUUACCUGGUCAUGCCAUUCUUACUGUGAAAGAGGUUGGAGGUCCGAAUGUGGAUCCGACACCGCAUGUCCUGCUGGUGAACCGCCUCGGGCAGAUCUUUGUUAAGAAUCCUGAAAGCAACGCUUUCCAGCUGCCCACUCCGAACUCCCCUUCCUAUAACUGUGUCACUCAGAUUGCAAGUCUUUUGCAAAGCAAUGCACUGUCAGCCACACUAGCAGCAGCUGGUACUAUGACUGCUCCACCCCCUAGGGUCAACAUAGCAACAGUAGUACCUCCGUCGGUUACACCUGCAGUUCAGAAUUCAACUGCAAUCACGCAGCUGCUUACUCACAACAGCAAUGGCGCAGUGGUGUCCGUUAACGUAAAGAAGCCGAAGAAGAAUGCAAAAGCAUUGAAAGAUGAGACUGUCCAAGAACCGAAAAAAACAAAGAAGAAAAAGGAGUCCGGUGCAUCGAAAAAAACAAAGUCAUCAAAGGCUGCAGGACAGCCUGCUCAGUCAACUGAUAAACCUUCCAUGACUCCUGCUGAAAGUGCCCAGGCAAUUAUUAACCAAGCAAUGGCGAGUAACUACACUCCCAAGUGGAGUGGGCUUCGCACACUAAGCCCUUCCUCACUGGUUCUGCCACCUGGCCUAUUGAUUGAACCAGAGGCUCCAGAGUCUCCUCGCCCUCUAUCACCUUUACCACCACCACCACCACCACCAGCUCCUGCACCUCGCCCCCGCACACACGUCCGUAUGAAAAGAGUGUCCUCGCUCUCUGAUCGUAUUGUCACAAAGAAAUCUAAAGUUGAUUUCCAGCAACCGGAGCCCAUCAGUGAGGAUGAAAAGCGGCAGAAAACCCCUUUUCCAAGUCUCACUAGCAGGGCUUCAGGUGUCCGGAUCAAGACACCAACAGUGAAAGGAGUACUAAACCUGGAUGAGCUAAAGGAGGAGCCUAUAAGUGAUUCUGAUAGCACAGGGUCUGAGCCUUGGGAUUACAUGUCUCUGGGUGACCAAGGAAAGCAACAUGCUUGGGAACCAGUUGGACACAGCAAUCUGACUGACUGGAAGAAAUAUUCUGGUGCUACCUCAGAUGAGGAACCAUCACCGUCUGAGGCUGAAGAAUGUCCAGUUAACAGAGAACAGUCACAUUUACGAUUCGAAAUAACCAGUGACGAUGGCUUCAGUGUUGAGGGGGACAGUAUCGAGGUGGCCUGGAAAGCGGUAAUAGACGGGGUUCAGGAGGCACGUGCAAUUGCAAGGCUGAGGCCUCUCACGUUUCAGAGGAUCACGGGAGCACGGAUGUUUGGUCUGGUUCAUGAUGCAGUGGUGUUCUUGCUGGAGCAACUUCAAGGAGCUCACCAUUGUCAGCGCCACGCCUUCCGUUUCUUUAAGCAGUUUAGCCAAGAGGACGAUCUUCCGGUCAAUUCCACUGGCUGUGCUCGCUCUGAGCUCUAUGCGAGGAAGUCCACAUUUGAUAUAUUCAACUUCCUGGCUUCUCAGCAUAGGCAGCUUCCUGACAUUGGGCCUUAUGAUGAUGAGGAGGAUGAGGUUCUUUUGAAGUCGACAAGACGAGCUACGAGCUUGGAGUUGCCUAUGGCCAUGCGCUUCAGACAUCUAGAAAGAACUUCCAAGGAAGCUGUAGGCGUCUACAGGUCUGCCAUCCAUGGCCGUGGUCUUUUCUGCAAGAGGAACAUCGAAGCAGGGGAGAUGGUUAUUGAAUAUGCAGGCAUCGUCAUCCGCGCAGUGCUCACUGACAAAAGAGAGAAGUACUACGAUGGCAAGGGUAUUGGCUGUUACAUGUUCCGCAUCGAUGACUUUGAUGUGGUGGAUGCAACCAUGCAUGGCAACGCAGCGAGAUUCAUCAACCACUCCUGUGAACCUAACUGCUACUCACGAGUGAUCAACGUGGAAGGCCGGAAGCAUAUUGUCAUCUUUGCUCUUAGAAAGAUCUACAGGGGGGAAGAGCUCACCUAUGACUACAAGUUCCCCAUCGAAGACGCCAGCAACAAACUCAACUGCAACUGUGGGGCCCGCCGAUGUCGGCGUUACCUGAACUGAGAGAUUCCCUGGGUGAAAGGAAGAGGAUCCUGUCUGCAAGUAAGACGGCACUCGACUGGGGCUGGGAGUCGACAUGUGAAUAAGCCACUGUGAGACCAGACAAUAAUGUUGGGCUCCUUAGAAGUAAUGUGUGGCCAUUUUAUGGAUUGGACAAAAAGAGGAGAACCUUUGCAUAAAACUUAUGCAAAGGUUCUUCGGAUUUUACUGUGUUCUUGUGUCACAGCAGCAGCAGUAAAUACUGUGAAGGAAGAACAACAGGACAUUUACACCAGAUAUUUAAAAGAAAAUGUGGGCGGCUCCUCAAUCUAUAUGGACAACACCACCGGAAUUUCUUUGAUACACGUCAAGCCUUAUCUGUUUGAAUCAUUGCUGAAAAGAUAUAGUUAGCAUUUGAGGAUUCUAUAUGUUUUACUCAUUUCGCGGGGGAGGAGUGUCUGUCCAUUUUACACUUUGUUAUUAUGGUUGCUCCAUCCUCCAGUGAUGGGAACAAUUAUAGCCCCACUUGUGCAUUUCUCAAGCCAUACAUUCACCCUUCACCUUUACUUGUGUAUUUUAUCUAACAUUUAAUACUUCUCAUGUUGUUAAUAAUAUUUCUCUCUUCUUUUUUUUUUUUUUGACUGAUUUUUGUAGUGAACAACAAACAACCAUGGUGCUAAGCUUUGAAAGGUCUUUAACGUAAUGAGUUAGACUGUAUGUCCUGUGAAUCAGGAUUUCUUAAGCUGUUUAUCCACCCUGCUGAGAUCAUGUCUCUGGAAAUGUAUGCACAACCAUACUCUUACCAUCCUCGCACUAUAGUGUGUGCUCUGUUUCACUCGUCUACUGUGGACUUCCAGUAUAGAUUAUUGCGGAUUCGCUCAGAGGUGUCAUAUUUUUUUAACGAUGGAAGCAGGAAACCAAUUUUUUGUGUUGAUGUACAGUGUAUGUAGCAAACACUACCCAAACCAAAACUGAAGAGUUGAGGUGAACUUGCUGGCCUACAGCUGCGAAAUAAUCAUAAACACACAGAAAUUCUCCGUCAUCUGACUCUAGCUAGAGUUUAUUUCAUAAUAAGGGAGGGCACUGGUGUAAAGCAUCACCACUGAGUGUGGAUUCAGCUCCUGCGUAAGGUUUGUUGAGAACAGGGUGAAAAAAAAACAAAGCUGAGAAAGUACACACGGCACCUUUAAAACGAUGCUUAUCUUUGUUAUUGGUUGAUAUUCAGUAAAAUCACACACUGUUAAAAUUGUAUAUUUAUUCAUGUUCUGAUUUAUAUUUUUAAUGGUUAAAGGUUGUGCUUUGUAUAAAUGGUGGCGGUCUAGUGUAUUAGGAGAUCUUCCCCUUUUGUAUCGUUUAUUUUAUUGUUUACAAAUGAUGUCCUUUCUUUCACUAAUUUACUUGAAUUUUUUUUGGGCAGUUGUGUCUCGCAUUUAAGCCUUUACGACAAAUUGUUCUAAAGCAGGUAUUUUUAAAGAAUCAUUUUUAUUUUUUUAAUUUUUGGUUUUAUUUGACUUUUUUUGUUAGAAUCAGUCACAGGAGUAAAUUGAGCACUGUUGGCCUUCGUAAGCCCAUAAUCGUUAUGGCUUUUUUCCCCACCCCUCAUAUUGGAGCACAUUUCCAUACUGUUUUGUUAUUGUCUUUAUCCCGUUUCCUUCUUGCAUGUCCAAUCACUGGGAUGGAGCUCAGAUUAACAUGUCGAUCACCUUGCUGACAACAAAGGCAGCAGUCACUCCCAACUCCUUGCAAGGAUUCUACCUCAGCUGUUGAGACAGAUGUUUGGGAAUACUGAUGCAAAAAGAGAGGAUGAUAAUUUAAGCAUAGAUUGGUUUUUAUGUCCUACAGAAUGUGUGCAACUCUGUGUAUGUGUGUGUGUGUGCGUGCGCGUCUGAAGUGAAGGAUGCAAAGCACUAGUCAAAACCUUAAGUUAUCACGACCAUCUCUCCCAGAGUCUGUUAAGAAAGCUGUAUGUUAUAUAUACAAACAUAUAUAAAUAAAUAUAUAUAUAUCUAUAUAUAUAUUGUAGGGUUAUUUUAAAAUAAGUGUAAAAGACAUAAAACUGAGAAGAUGUGUGAUCUUUAAAAUUGAUGUCUUUGUUACUAUGUACAAAUAAACCCUGAGUUUGUAAAUAUUUGUAUACAUAUUUCUAAACCUGUUUAAUUUUUCUAUGCACUUUUUUAUUUAUGAUGGUAUUUGC